CGCUUCUCCUCUCUUUUUCAUUAUCUAUUUCUCUUUCUCUCUGUUGUGUAUUCGUUUGUGUUUUGUUUUAAAGAACCAAACCAAACCAAACCAAACCAUGGUGGUUCUUUCACAAUCAGCAUUAGAACAUUUCUCUGUAAUCAAAACAUACAAGCCUUCAAGCUGCGUAUUCUCAGAAAUUCCAGUUAUAGACAUCAAAAACCCUGAAGCCAAGUCUCAUAUAGUAAAAGCCUGUGAAGAAUAUGGGUUCUUCAAGCUCAUUAAUCACGAUGUUCCAUUGGAGUUCAUGGCCAAUUUAGAAGCCCAAGCUGUCAAGUUCUUUAACCUCUCUCAGUCUGAGAAAGACAAAGCUGGACCUCCUGACCCUUAUGGCUAUGGCAGCAAAAGAAUUGGCCCCAAUGGGGAUGUUGGUUGGAUUGAAUACCUCCUCCUCAACACCAACCCUGAAAUCAAUUGCCAAAAAACUCUUGCCGUUUUCAAAGACAGCCCUCAAAUUUUCCGGAGUGCUGUGGAGAAGUACAUAACAGACGUGAAGAAAAUGGCAUACGAAGUACUGGAAUUGGCGGCUGAUGGGCUAAGAAUAGAGCCAAGGAAUGUGUUGAGUAAGCUUAUAAGAGAUGAAAAAAGUGACUCGUGUUUCAGGCUAAACCAUUACCCACCAUGUCCUGAACUGCAAACAUUGAGUGGUAGAAAUUUGAUUGGGUUUGGGGAACACACAGACCCUCAGAUAAUUUCUGUACUAAGAUCUAACAAUACUUCAGGACUUCAAAUUUGUUUAAGAGAUGACACUUGGGUUUCUGUCCCACCAGAUCACUCUUCCUUUUUCAUCUUUGUUGGUGAUGCUCUGCAGGUAUUGACCAACGGGAGAUUCCAAAGUGUUAAGCAUAGAGUGUUGGCUGACACAAUGAAAUCAAGAAUUUCAAUGAUAUAUUUUGGAGGGCCACCUUUAAAUGAAAAGAUAACACCUUUACCCUCCCUAGUUUCAAAAGAAGAAGAUUGCUUGUACAAGGAGUUCACUUGGUGUGAAUACAAAUACUCUGCCUACAAGUCCAAGUUGGCUGAUUUUAGGCUUGGGCAGUUUGAGAAAAAUGUUCGGUCAAACCAAAGCCAAAACCAAAACCAUAUUUCCCCAAUAUAGCAAAAAUUAGGGUUUUGUCAAACCUUUUAAUAGUUCACUCAACUUGCCAUAGAUGGAAUAUAUAUAUAUAUAUAUAUAUAUGUAUAGCCUGUACUUUCUCUUAUUUAAUUUUAUUUCUUCCUCGUUUAUAUAUAAAUAUACUUAUCUAUCUAUAUGUAUCCUCAACUACCCUUUGUACUAGUUAUGCAAGUUUCAUUCUUCUGCACUUAUGUCA